UUGUCAUUGACGACCGCAUCCCAACCUUCAACAACCAGCUAGUGUUCACCAAGUCCGCUGAGAGGAAUGAGUUCUGGAGCGCCCUGCUGGAGAAAGCCUACGCCAAGCUGCAUGGCUCCUACGAGGCCCUGAAGGGAGGAAACACCACUGAGGCCAUGGAGGAUUUCACCGGAGGAGUCACUGAGUUCUACGAGAUGAAGGAAGCUCCUAAAGAGCUCUACAAGAUCAUGAAGAAAGCUCUGGAGAGAGGCUCCCUGAUGGGCUGCUCCAUUGAUUCCCUGGUUCCCGCUCGCUUUGAGACCCGAACAGUGACUGGACUUGUAAAGGGACAUGCCUAUUCUGUGACAGCAGUGGAAGAGUGUAAACCGUCUCAGCACAAGGAAUCUAAAGUUCGACUGGUGCGUCUCAGAAACCCGUGGGGUCAGGUCGAGUGGAACGGCCCCUGGAGUGAUAACUCCAAGGAGUGGGCCUCACUUUCUAAAACUGAAAAAGAGAAGCUGCAGCAUCAGAGUGCUGAGGACGGAGAGUUCUGGAUGUCAUUUGAGGACUUUAAGAAGAACUACACUAAGAUUGAGAUCUGUAACCUCACCCCUGAUGCUCUGGAGGACGAUAAGAUUCAUAAGUGGACGGUUUCUGUGAACGAGGGUCGCUGGGUGAGAGGCUGCUCCGCUGGAGGCUGCAGGAACUACCCAGACACGUUCUGGACAAACCCUCAGUACCGCCUGCGUCUCCUGGAGGAAGACGACGAUCCCGAGGAUAACGAGGUGGGCUGCACCUUCGUCGUUGCUCUGAUGCAGAAAAACAGGAGGAAAGAGCGAAAGAUGGGAGCCAACCUCUUCACCAUAGGAUUCGCCAUUUAUGAGGUGCCAAGGGAGAUGCAUGGAAACAAGCAGCACAUGCAGAAGGACUUCUUCUUGUUCAACUCCUCUAAAGCCCGCUGUAAGUCCUACAUCAACCUGCGUGAGGUGACCCAGCGCUUCCGUCUGACUCCAGGAGAGUACGUCAUCAUCCCCUCCACAUACGAGCCGCACCAGGAGGGCGAGUUCAUCCUGCGAGUCUUCUCUGAAAAGAGGAACACCUCAGAGGAGAUAGAGAACAGGAUCGAGGCCGAUCAUCCAGUGCCGGCACCGGCCUCAGCGGGGGAAGAAAGCGAGGAGGACCAGCAGUUCAGGACGAUUUUUCAGGAAAUAGCCGGUGAAGAGAUGGAAAUCACAGCCAAUGAACUGAAAAAUGUUCUCAACAGAGUUAUCACCAAACAUAAGGACCUGAACACAGAGGGCUUCAGCCUGGAGAGCUGCAGGAGCAUGAUUGCUCUGAUGGACAUGGAUGGGACAGGUAGACUCAAUCUUCAGGAGUUCAGACAUCUGUGGAAUAAAAUCAAACAGUGGCAGGGAAUCUUUAAGCACUACAAUGCCGACCAGUCCGGUACCAUCAACAGUUAUGAGAUGAGGAAUGCUGUCAACGAUGCAGUCAUGUGUCUUAUGUCCCGCUCAGGCUUCCGUCUCAACAACCAGCUGUACGACAUCAUCACCAUGCGCUAUGCCAACGAGAGCAUGAACAUCGACUUUGACAGUUUCAUCAGCUGUCUGGUUCGGCUCGAAGCCAUGUUCAGGGCGUUCCAGGCCUUUGACCAAGAUGGAGAUGGCACGAUCAGACUCAGUGUCCUGGAGUGGCUCCAGUUGACCAUGUACGCCUAAAAGUCCCAUCUCCUCCCAGGUGAGCUCCUCUCCACAGGAGGAUCAGACCUGCCAGCCUUUACCUCAGAUAUUCAGUGUGCCCCAUCGUCGUUCGCUCUCAUCCACCUCACCCUCAGAUCUCCCCAAACCCUCUGCUCUCUCUCUCCUCCAAUAUGUUCAACAAGCUUCUUCCAUUUCAUCUCUUUCUCUGCUCUCGUUCUUCUUCUAUUCAGUCCUCAUUUUAAGUCAUUUGCCUUUUUUUAUUUUAAAGAUUUGUUGGGUAUUUUUCUCAGGCAUCAAACACACAGAACCUCUUUUUUUCUGUCACAAUACCUCACAGAGCUCCUUCGACUUCCUCCACCUCCUCAUGUUUUCUUCUGUUAUCAAACGUGCCGAAAGGUUAUCAAGAAGGCAUUUUCCUGUAUUCAUUUAAGCCAUCUUGGCUCCCUGGUGGACAGUGAAUAAACAUGUGAAUAACUUUACUCCUGCUCUGGUUCUGAUAAUACUAAUAAUAUUUUUUUAUGGGGAUUUCCAGGCCUCAUAAGCGAGUAUCCUGAUCCCCAGACAUGUUUUUAACCACUAGUUUUUGUCCAUUAAUGAUCCUACUGGAAGUUUUUGUCAUUCACAACUUUCCUCCAUGAACUCAAGCGUCUUUUAGUCAUCAAAGAUCCAGCCAACAGGACUCAAACUCCCAUGAUCCCUCACACUAUCUCUGACUACAGUCCAGUCUCCUAGCCUUUCAGCUCUUCAUGUGGAUGGAUGGGAUUCAAGAGCAGAACUGUGGAGCUGAUGAGUUUUUAUUUAACACAGAUGUUCAUGGUUCAAAUGUGGAUUUAAAGAAUAUGGCUAAUGGCUUGGACUGCAGCUUUUCUGUGAUUUUUUUCCUAUUAAGACUUUGGUCAAAUGAGUGUACUGAAUUUUUAAAUAUUUAAACCAAAUAAAUAAAUGUGUAGUUGUUGGUGUGACUGUUUUACCAGUAGACUUAAUGUGACUUUUGUUUUAACCUGAAAGAACUCAAAUGUGACAUUCUGAAUAUUAAUACAGGGAAAGUCAGAUUCACCCUAUGGCCUGUGUAAAUAUACUGUGGAGAAUGGCUUCUUAAAA